AUGUUCUACAGUCAUGAGAUCCUCAACAACACCCAAUAUGGAGUCGCUACCAUAUGGCUGGUUGCCACUGUUGGUAAAGGGAACCAAAAGAGGCUGACCAAGAAGGCGAUCCAAGAGGUCAAUGUUCCCAAGGCGUGCGAAAAGAUCUUGGACCCGGGAGCCCCCCUCGCCCUCCGCCUCCAGGGGAACCUGCUCUACGGAGUCUCCCGCGUGUUCGCUCACCAGUGCGCCUAUGUCCUCACCGACGCGGAAAAGACUCAGUCUGAUAUGGUGACUUUCUUUCGCAUCAUCCAGACCAGCGAGACCGAUCCACGAGCUGGAAAGACAAAGCGCCAGAACAUCAUGCUGGAGGACGAUCCUGGCUUCGACCCCUUGGCUGCACUGCCAAACUUUGACUUGCUGCGAUGGGACAAGGACCUGGUGCUGUAUCCAAGCCAGGGCUCGGCGAGCAAAUUUUCCCAGAUGACACCGCUCGGCACUGCGAGCCAAGGCAGCUCCUCGCCGCGCUACCCUCCUGCACUGAUCAACCUCCAGUUGCCGCCUUCAUCGCAGUCUGCUGCAAGUGGCCGCAUUCCCUCAGACUUUGGCAACCUCAGCCCUCUGUUUGGCAAGUCAAUUCACCUCCCUGACGACAUGGGUGAAUUCCAGCCCUUUGGCGAGGAUGAAUUCCCGUGCAUCGCAGGAUUCGGUCUCGACUUCGACGGAGAAGGCAAUCUCAUUGGCCUUUUGGACGCGGAGCAGGAGCUACCUCCUCUUCCCGUCGCAGCAAGCCCUGUGGUUGGCCUUGGACUUCAACGACAGCAGGUAGCCGAGACAGCAGAAGGAGAAGCUGCCCAAGCAUCCGCCAGGAUGGCACGAUCCCGUCGGCCUGGCCUUCAUACUAUGCUGGACACGCAAAUCGCCAUUUCAAAUUCGGAGAUGAGGAAUUGGAGCAGGAACAGUGGAAAUCAUUCCGCCUUGAAUCUCAAGCAACAGAGAACAACGACUACUCCCGCCCAGGCAAAAAAGAAUGCAAUGGCACUCCUCUAUGAGUAUGGCGUUGCUCAUGUCGGAGCAUACCACCAGAAAGCCGGCUUGGCUCACCCUCUGGCCACCGAGUUUGCUGGCAUCUCGUUGAAGGCUCGUCUUCAAGGACAGGAACCAGACGAGUUUGAGCAGACUGAGCCCACAAAGCGAGGUCGACGCCGCAAAUCAGACGAAGCAUUCGAGGGCGAACAAGAAGGCGGCGAUCGAAACACAAGGCCACGAACGACUGAGGAUGUGGAGCUUGGACGAGGCGAAAAUCACAAUACUGACGAUGAUGCACACAUCAUGUUUGAUGAUAACUCAGUUCCUGAGAUUGGAAUGGAGGCGGCACCGCCAAUGGAAGAUCGUCACUCUUCUUCGGUGAUGCCAUGGAGUCGACCUGGCUCUGCUGUCCCUGGUUCAUCUGUCCGAGGAAGCGCACAGAAGUCAAAGGUUGCUCCAAGCCCUCUCUUCAAUCGUGGAAGCGCGCUGGGUGGAAUUGACCGCCAUAGCGACCCUGCCGAGCCGCUUCUUGGAAUGGACGACUUUGGUUCUCAAGACUCGUCUUUCCAGAUGGGUGGACCCGUUGGUCCUCUUGAUUUUGAUCAAGUCAACAACACUCAGGUGUCAGCGCAGGGCCUCGACGUAACCAGUCAGAACUUUCUGGGUUACGUGACAGAGCAGGCUGAAAAGACUGGAGUCACUCACAGUCGAGAUCCGCGAAACCGCCGCUGGAUCGACUUUGAGGAGCUGGCCGAUCCCAGCACCCAUACCAAGGCCAUUGCCGCUCAGGCGUUUCUUCAUGUCCUGUCCUUGGCGACAAAGAAUAUCAUUUCGGUUCGCCAAGAUGGAGCGGCAGCCAUGCAACCAUUUGGAACACUUCGAAUUGGAAUCAAGCCCGUCAGUGAGGGCGUGUACGCGGAGUCUGAUGAUGAGCUUGCUUGAUUUGGG